AAAAAAAAAAAAAAUUCCACUGGCUGUAUUUUUACUUUUGAAGUGGCCGGUCGUGCUGAUGAUUCCCGGCAACGGUAAAUGUGAAGAAGUUCAGAAACUAGUCAUCUCUGCACACUUUAAGAGCUGAAAGGCGCCUGCUGCGCGGUGGCUAUGACUGUCUGCUGCAAAAGACCAGCUGCUGUUGGUGAGCCAGCAAGUGGCACCCUGGCUGGGCUCUAGAGUGGAGUGAGCCGAUGUCCCCUCGCUGGAGAGGUGGACACUACCUGACAGCCAGGGCCUCCAGAGGAAGAACUAGGGGUGGAGGAGGCUGCUAUCUGUUUCGGGUGUGAAGAUGCUGAGCAGAUCGCCAAGAUAGCAGCCCGGCGGCCAUGGAGGCUGAAGAAACGAUGGAAUGCCUUCAGGAGUUUCCUGAACAUCAUAAAAUGAUCCUGGACCGAUUGAAUGAACAGCGGGAGCAGGACCGGUUCACCGACAUCACCCUGAUAGUCGACGGACACCAUUUUAAGGCCCACAAGGCUGUUUUGGCUGCUUGCAGUAAGUUCUUCUACAAAUUCUUUCAGGAGUUUACUCAAGAACCUUUGGUUGAGAUAGAAGGUGUUAGUAAAAUGGCCUUUCGUCACUUAAUUGAAUUCACAUAUACGGCAAAACUAAUGAUACAAGGAGAAGAAGAAGCCAAUGAUGUGUGGAAAGCAGCAGAGUUUCUACAGAUGCUAGAAGCUAUCAAAGCCCUUGAAAUCAGAAACAAAGAAAAUGCAGCUCCAUUAGAGGAAAACACCACAGGAAAAAAUGAGGCCAAAAAAAGAAAGAUUGCAGAAACUUCAAAUGUUAUCACUGAAUCAUUGCCGUCUGCAGAAUCAGAACCUGUUGAAAUUGAGGUGGAGAUUGCUGAAGGCACAAUUGAAGUAGAAGAUGAAGGUAUUGAAACAUUAGAAGAAGUGGCUUCUGACAAGCAAUGCAUAAAGUACAUACAAAGCACAGGUUCCUCUGACGAUUCCGCUCUAGCACUGUUGGCGGAUAUCACCAGCAAGUACCGUCAAGGUGAAAGAAAAGGACAGAUUCAGGAAGAUGCAUCUGACCCCCUAAGCAAACAGGUAGAAGGUAUUGAAAUUGUGGAACUUCAGCUGUCACAUGUGAAGGACUUGUUCCAUUGUGAGAAAUGUAACCGUUCAUUUAAAUUGUUUUACCAUUUUAAGGAACACAUGAAAUCACACUCCACUGAAAGUUUUAAAUGUGAAAUAUGCAAUAAAAGGUAUCUUCGAGAGAGUGCAUGGAAACAACACCUAAAUUGCUACCACCUUGAAGAAGGUGGAGUCAGUAAGAAGCAAAGAACUGGGAAAAAAAUUCACGUAUGUCAAUACUGUGAGAAACAGUUUGACCACUUUGGACAUUUUAAAGAGCAUCUACGAAAACAUACAGGUGAAAAACCUUUUGAAUGUUCAAAUUGUCAUGAACGAUUUGCUAGAAAUAGCACUCUCAAAUGUCACCUCACUGCAUGCCAAACCGGAGUAGGGGCAAAAAAGGGAAGGAAGAAGCUUUAUGAAUGCCAGGUCUGUAACAGUGUGUUUAACAGCUGGGACCAGUUUAAAGACCACUUAGUAAUACACACUGGAGAUAAACCCAACCAUUGUACUCUAUGUGACUUAUGGUUUAUGCAAGGAAAUGAACUAAGGAGGCAUCUUAGUGAUGCUCACAAUAUUUCAGAGCGUCUAGUAACUGAAGAAGUCCUUUCAGUAGAAACACAUGUGCAAACUGAACCAGUGACAUCAAUGACUAUUAUAGAACAAGUUGGGAAGGUGCACGUAUUACCAUUGCUUCAGGUCCAGGUGGAUUCAGCACAAGUAACUGUGGAACAAGUCCAUCCAGAUCUGCUCCAGGACAGCCAAGUGCAUGAUGCACAUAUAAGUGAGCUUCCAGAACAGGUCCAAGUGAGUUACCUGGAAGUGGGUCGGAUUCAGACUGAAGAAGGUACUGAAGUGCAUGUGGAGGAGCUCCAUGUUGAGCGGGUAAAUCAGAUGCCAGUCGAAGUACAAACUGAGCUUCUGGAAGCAGACUUGGACCACAUGACCCCCGAAAUCAUGAGCCAAGAGGAGAGAGAGCCUAGCCACACAGAUGCUGCUGAGCCUGCCAUGGAAGAUCUUGAAGACGCUGAGCGUUUAGAGACCAAACCAAGAGGGUAUUCCCAGGCUGGAAAAGCCGAGAAUGACAGAACAGCUCUACCAGUUUUAGAAUGAAAUAACAAAUGAGUCUGUUUCUAGAUUUACACAUCUGGUGAACUGAUGGGCAGUGUGACUGUCUGUAAGCUAACAGAUAAGUGGACCAAAGUUAAACUAUUUCCUGUUGUACUAAACUGUUCCUUUAGAAACAAACUGAUGCCCCUCCUUCCAGUUAAUGCCAUAGAGUGGGGUUAUUUCUCGUGAGUGGGAGCUUUGAGACAUGUCUUUCUGGUAACUUAAGUGGAUUAUAUUCUUAUAUGGUUGGGUAUGAAUGUACCUAUUUUCAUUGUGGUAAGGGUCUCCCUUUUCUCUUCCCCAGGUCAUGUCCUUCCUCAAAUUCUCUGCAUAGUGUAAAAUCAUACAUAAACCAUUAGAAUACUUAUGUAUUCUAAUGCAUGUUAGAAAAUUGAAUCUGUAGGACACAAAAGACUGCAUGAAGAAAAGCGCAUUGUUACUGUGCAGUUAAAUCUUGGGUUUGGCUUGCUUUCUUUUGAACAACAUUCUCGUCUAUCCCAGUGGUUACAGAUGCUGUCUCCACAACAGAAAUGGUGGUGAUGGCAAAAUUUCUAGAAUGUUUAAAACAAAAAAAUAGAAGAAAAACAAAAACACCCAUGUGCCUUUUCAAAACCAACUAAACUUCUGUAAAUCAUCUCUGGUUCUUUCAAAGUUUGUGUUUUAAGGAGCAGUGCAAACAGUGCUAUAGUACUUUGUAUUUUUGCUUAUAAUGACAACUACCAAUUCUUUCUCGUUUGUUACACUGAAAAUUUUUCAUUUACUGGCAGCUGAAGGGCCAUUUUCAAUUGGGAAAAUUCGUUUACAUCUGUGGUAAACUUUAUUUUGAUGAGAAAUUGCACUAAUAUUUUACCACCAGAUGGAAAAAAGCAUAGAUGAGUGUCAUUUAAAAAUUAAAUGUAUUUAAAAUAAAGUACAGAGGAAAAACAUGUAUAUAAUAUAUCAGGCUUUGUUUUGAAUGGAAUCUUUUCCCCCCAGUCCUUAAUGUAAAGAUUUUGUGCUAUAACUUUUAAAGCCAUACAAAUAAGAGUGCUAAACUAUGGACUUAAAAGUAGGUGUGUAAAUAUUUUUAAUCAGUAUUACUUGGAAAAUAAAGUAUAAUCACAUAAAAUCAAUAUGCUAUUUUCUUUACCUGUUAAAUAUUGGGAAAUAUUUACAUUUUUAAAGUAAACUUUAAAAUUAUGUGUU